AAAGGCGUCCUCACAGCGAGGCGUUCACCCACCUCCUCCAUUGUGAGACGCUUUUCACCGUCCUCGCUAACGAGAACUUCAGAACGUCGAUGUGCGCAGUCCUCGCUGUUGAUAUGUCGUCAGUCUACAGCUGUUUGCACAUUUAAUAUUCUUAUAAAGGCAGCUAAGAAUACUGUAAACAGGAUCUGAAAGAGGACGCCUUCAUUGCUUUGACUACCGGUCGACGUGACGUAGACUAAAACUGACCAAUAUGGCCGACAAGGAUGACCCCCUUAUUAAGAUGAACUGCAAGGCAACACCGCCAGUAAAGACCGUUAUUAAGGGUACAAUCCCUGCGGAUCUCAGCGGAUCUCUACAUCGUGUUGCUCCAGCCAAGUUUGAAGUGGGGAAUUACAGGAUGCGCCAUUUCUUUGAUGGUCUGGCAAUGGUCUAUAGCUUCACCAUAGAACAGGGCACCGUACUAUUUCACAGCAAAUAUAUUGAGAGUGAAGCCUAUACCAAAGCCAUGUCGGCCAACUGUAUCGUCUACUCAGAAUUUGGUACUGCUUGCUUCCCGGAUCCCUGUAAGAACAUAUUCUCCAGGUAUUUUGCCUACUUCUCCGACGACAGAAUAACUGAUAACCCAUCUGUCAACCUUCUUCCCUGCGAGAACGCCUUGCUCGCCAUUACUGAAACUAAGUACUGGACCAAGUUGGACCCUAAGACUUUGACAACAACGGAGAAGAGGAUUGACAUGUCGCGACUUAUCAGGGUGGCCACUCCUGCACACCCGCACAUAGACGCCGAGGGAAAUUUCUACAACUUUGGCACGUUGUAUGGCGGGAGGCCAAUCUACUACUUGUCCAAGAUUCCAUCACGUUUAGACGUGAUUACCAACAACGAAGGCCCCAAACCAGCUGAAGAUAAACCCCAACCAGAAAUUCUUGCCAAGAUUUUCGGCCAGUUCAAAGCGUUCCCAACAUAUUUCCACAGCUUUGCAAUGUCGGAUAACUACUACGCGCUCGUCGAGCAGCCUUUGGGCAUGAACGUGCUGAAAUUGAUGGCAAGGAAGGUGACCAGAAAGAGCUACCAAGAGGCAAUGGAAUGGUAUCCAAACAUCAAAGCACGGUUCCGAUUGGUCAAUCGAAAGACCAAUGAGGAGGUAGCAAAACUGUUCACUGCGGACCCCUUCUUCGUCUUCCAUCAUAUCAACGCUUAUGAAGAGGAGGACCACUUGAUAAUAGACCUGUGCGGAUACAGUGACCCAAGCAUCAUUGACGCCUUCUAUCUGAAGAAUUUAGAUCCUGAAAGCGGGUUGUUUUCGGACGAAGUGUUCCCCGAAAACAUUUUACCGGAGAUCCGUCGCUACGUGCUACCUUUGAAACCGACAUCCAACGCGAUCUCGAAGAACGAGAAUCUCAUCACCGUGGAGCGUUUCAGAAACCGAAUGGAAGCUCGGCGUGACAUGACAGACGGGAGCAUCCAUUGCACGUUCAUCGUGAUAGGCAAACCUGGUUUGGAACUUCCCCGAAUUAACUACGCCAGCUACAACGGUAAGAAUUACAAGUACGUCUAUUGCUGGGGCUCGUUCGCAGGGAAGCACAGCUAUCGAAAUGCCGUAGUUAAAGUGGAUAUGGAGAGCGGCACGGAAGUGGCAUGGCGCGGCACUCACACCCAGUACCCCAGUGAGCCUGUCUUUGUCCCUCUAGCGUCCGCCGGGAGUGAUGAGGACAGCGGUGUGGUGCUCGCGGCAAUAACGGACGUUGGUCAAGGAAAGCCGGACUUCCUGCUGAUAUUGGACGCCAAAACUAUGGUGGAGUUGGCCCGGGCAGAGGUGCCUACUGAUGUUAACGUUCCGUUCGGUUUACAUGGGCUUUUCACUUCUUAAGAAUGGGGGGAUUGCUUCAUCAAUGGACACAAGGCACAUGUCAGUAGUUAUGGAUAUUUUAAAUAAGCUUUAGACACAAUUUUUAGAUGCGUUGAGUAACUGUGCCUAUUAACUCCGACGACAUAGAAAUGACCGCGUCGUCGACGUCGCUGUGGCAUUGCCAGCGUGACUGAUCUCGUUGCCCUCACUGUCCAACACAAUCAACUAAAUCAAGGUAUAUAACAGCAGUAGCAUUGCGUUUACACAAUUUUCUGCAAACAAACCGUAAACUUUAACCAAGGAAAAAGAAACUCCAAAAGAUAUGCACUGUCUUUAUAUAAUUAACAAGUUGAUGGAUUUGUUUUGACAACGAAAAUUGCGACACAUGGACCAAUGCAAACAGUGAAACUGAAGUCAAAGCUUUCCCCAAAAAUAUUAAAAAAAAAACAAACUUGGAACUGCUUGAAAAAGGACGACUAAAGUACAUGCUACUUAAAAUAUUGUUCAUAUAUUAAUAAAAUGAAAUUAAAUAUAUUGAAGGGUUAACAACUGUUCUGGUGGUUAAGUGCCAUAAAAUGGAUUUUUCUUUUUUUUUGCCACAAAGGAUCCUGUGUGACAAGCAGAAUAAAUCCAUAAUAAUUGCGAUGGGCGCCGUUUUUGUGGUAAAAUUCAUAAAUAGUUCUAUGUAUUGUAUACAACGUACUUAUUGUGGACUUUUGAAUCUCGUAUAAAGAGCUGUUAUUAUUUUAAGAAAAAAGGGACACUGCACAAUUUGUGGCAUUUGCAAUCAUUUCUGUAUUUUUCCACCAUAAUGCAUUAAAUCGGAUUGAUCGAUAGCUGCAGCACAUACAUUACAUUAGAUAACUGUAUAAUAUAUAUGAGUAGAUAGUUAUAUGAUAUAUAUCAAUAGAAAGGUAUAUGAUGUAAAUCAACAGAAAGGGUGUCGAGGGUUGACCUUGACAUUUAACAAUCUUCCCUUUAUCCUUUAUGCAAUUUUACAUGUGACAACGCAUAUAAACCAGUGAACGUUUGUAUUUUUUAAUCCAAAGGACAUAUCCUUUUAAAGCAGUUGAGCCAAGGGGUUUAACCACCAUAGAUGUGUUUAUACAUAUACAUGUACAUAUACAUAUACAAAGUUUUUGAAAACCACUUCUGCUUCUGGUGUAUGACAGGGAACAUUCUCACAUUCUGGUAGAGUGUUUGGCGCAUAGUUCUGUAUCCUGUAUAUUCUGCUUUUUUUCAAAUAAAAGCCC